CAAUCCCAUUCAUUUUGCAUUUGCAGCCAGUUUGCUAGUUGAGGAGGAGGAGGAGGAGGAGGAGGAUCCAUCGCCGAUUUCGCCUCUUCUUCGCCCUCUUCGCAAUUCUAUCCUCCCCUCGUAAAUCAGACUGACUGUCUGCAUUCGACGACGCGGUGCAGUGAGAGUUAGUGAGGAAAUAAGCGGGGAGCCCUAAGGGCGCCGAUCUGUGGCUAUUUGAUAGGAAGACGGAGUCAGGCUUGCGAGGGAGGGAAGAGGGAUCUGUAACUUGAGUGAGCGGUGAGAGCGAGGAAAUCGAAGGAGUUAGGGGAUCGCCGCGUGUGUGAAGUUUUUUUGUUUUUGUUUUGGAGGAUGUGAUCGGCAGACGAUGGUGACAAGAGAAGGCAUCGGGGGAAGCAUGAUGAAGUGGGUAGCGACGCAGCACCUGGACCUGCAGCCGGUGCGGUCCGGUGCCCCAGCUGUGCAGCCCCAUUGUGCUGCGUUUCAUCACUCGCAGGCGUUGAUUGCUGUGGCUGUGGGCCGAAACAUCGUAGAGUUCGAUGCACUCACAGGAUGCAAGCUAUCGAGCAUUGAUAUUGGAGCAGUUGUUGUGCGCAUGGCUUACAGCCCAGCUGGAGGUCAUGUCAUCAUUGCCAUACUUGAGGACUGGACUAUCAGGUCAUGGGACUUGGAUACUGAGCACACAUAUGUUUUGUAUUCCCCAUCAGAUAGAAAAUCUGAGAAUUCUGGCGGUGGCAGUAUUGAAGUUCAUGUAGCACUCACACCCCUGAAGCCUUGGAUUUUCUUUGCUGCUCAUCGUCGGCUAAGUGUCAAUGUUGUUGGUACAGUCGAAGGCGUGAAGUCUGCCUCUAAAGUAAAGAUGGAUCUAAAGAAGCCCAUAACUGAGCUUGCAUGUCAUCCUCGGCAUCCAGUGUUGUAUGUUGCAUACUUGGAGGGCGUCAUACGAGCCUACAGUAUUCAGAAUUUUGCUCUCCUGUACACACUACAAAUUGAGCCGACUGUAAAGCUAGCAGGAGCAGGAGCAUUUGCUUUCCAUCCAACAUUGGAGUGGGUCUUCGUUGGUGAUCGGAGUGGAACUCUUUUGGCUUGGGAUGUUUCAGUUCCAAGUAGACCAAGUUUGAUUGGCAUUGCCUCUACAGGCACAAGUCCGAUCACUUCCGUCUCUUGGCUCUCAAUGCUCAACAUGCUAGUGACGCUUACGAAGGAAGGAGUAGUUCAAGUAUGGCGACCCCGUGUGAACCCCGAUCCAAAUAAAACCAACAUGCGUGCCAAUUUCUUGGAACCUGCAGGAGUGGAUUCGUUGGAUAUUCCCACAAUCCUGAGCCAGGGUGGAGGCUCUGUGUAUCCAGUGCCUAGGAUGAUUGACGUUGUUGUACAUCCUAAGAUGAAUCUCGCAUCACUUAUUUUUGCGAACGUGGCUGCUACUGCUGAAGAGACCAGGAGGAGAGGAGGGGGUGUAUCUCGAGAGUCGAGAAGGCAGCUCUUCUCAGUGCUUCAGGCUUCUCGAGGAUCUCCAAGUUCUGUUCUGAAAGAGAAGCUGGCAGUCCUCGGAUCUACUGGCAUCUUACCUGAUCAUCAGACGCAGCUGCAGUAUGCUAAAUCACAAGCAGCUGGCCAGUUGACUAUAUCAGACCUUGCAAGAAAAGCGUUCUUAUAUGGAAAUGGCAUGGAUGGGCAAGGAAAAAGUGGUCCAAUUUUGUCGCUUCCACUCCUCACAAUUGCGGAUCCUGGGCAUCCCUUGCGUGAUAUGCCUGUUUGUCAGGCUUUCCAGCUGGGAAUGAAAUUUUACAACAAUGAAAAUCGUAUAUUUAAUUACCCAGUGAGAUCUUUUUUCAUGGAUGGCUGCAACUUGACAGCAUACAACCUUGCGUCAGGAGAUUACAAUAUCUACAAGAAACUAUCACCUACGGCCAAUGGAGGAGGUGAGAGAAUUCCUAAAAGGAUGCUUUAUAGCACCAACCAACAUAUGUUUCUUAUAUUCUUCGAGUGCCGGGGUGCUGCAAGCGAGGUGGUUGUCUAUCGGGACAACCUUGGAGCUAAGACAGCCAAAGAUCGAGUUAAUGCUCUUUUAGGUAGUGAUGGCGCAUUCAUUGGCCCUACACAGAACCAGUAUGCGCUUCUUGACGAUGAUGGAGUAGGGCUCGUUUUGUACUCCAUUGUAGAAGAUACAAACCUUGCCACUUUGACAGAUCCAGCACCAGAAUCAGCAGAGAGUAGAGGUCCAGAUGGUGCAUUGGAUGAAAACGAUUUCACAGAAACUUCUACUAAAAGACCCCUGGAUAAGAAAGGGCCUCAGGAUCCGAUCCAAUUUGCGUUCGACACCCCUGUGCAUCGGAUUUUCUCAUGUCCUUUAGAAGCAACACUGCUGUACGUUUGCCCGGAAAGUCAUAUUGGGCUUGGAAAGGUGUAUCCUGGUGCUUAUACUACUACUGGGGAACUGCUUGUAUCUACGAACCCAGAACUUGGUCGUCUUAUACAGCUUCAGCCGUUUGAAGUAGUUUUGGAGGUGCAAUGGCAAGAAACUUUGAGUGGGCAAGUUGCUGGUAUCUUAACUACACAGCGUGUGUUAAUUGCUUCGGCAAAUCUGAGCAUUAUCGCAAGCACGUCUGCCACUGCCGACAGGGGCUACCCUCCAUUUAGAUCUCUCAUGUGGGUAGGUCCCUCAUUGCUCUACUCAACAGCUACAUCUGUAAUGAUACUAGGAUGGGAUGGGGUUGCCCGACCUCUAGCGCGCAUUGGAACUCCAAAUGCUGCUCUGGUUGGAGCUUUAAAUGAUCGGCUGCUCCUGGCAUGCCCCAAUGAUCCUAAUCCAAGACAAAAGCAGGGAGUUGAGAUCAAAACUAGGCUUGUUGGUCUGCUAGAACCUUUGGUUGUCGGUUGGACAACCAUGCAGAAAGUAUUUGAACCAAAGCUUGACCUUUUGGAGAUUAUGUACCAGCUUACUUCCAGUUUUGACAGCUUGCGUGUUACGUCUCAUACCCUCGAUGCUUUAGCAAGCGGCCCUAGAGUUUGUGCUGAGCUUGCAGUGGAAUUAGCACAGGCUGGGCCACAGUUUACCCAGGAAUUGCGAUGUAAUUAUGCAAUUAAGGCUUGCCGUUUCCAAACUGCUUUGUCCAUUUUAAAGGACGAAUUUAUUCGGUCUCGGGAUUAUCCACGCUGUCCACCAACAACUCGCCUGUUUUUGCGCAUCCAAGGCUUGGGUCGUGCUUGUAUCAAUUAUGGACAAUUCGACAUGGCAAAAGAAACUUUUGAGGUCGUGGCAGAUUAUGAAAGCAUGCUGGAUCUUUUUAUAUGCCAUUUGAAUCCAAGUGCGUUGAGGAUCCUCGUCUACAAAUUGGAAAGGGAAGGCGCAAAUACAGAAUUACAGCGACAGUGUGAGAAGAUUUUGAGCGUUAGGUCUGCUGGGUGGGGUCAAUCAAAUUUUGCAGCAGAGAGUAUGAUGCCUAAAGGACCUGAGUGGGCUGGAGGAAAUUGGGAGAUCAGGUCACAGUCUGACGGCAAGAGGGUCACGGAUUGGGAGCUGAAUAAUGAGGUGACAGCCUACAUGAAGACUGUCAAUGGCCCAAUUCCAACUAUAACUCCUGACCAUAUUGGAGUUUACUUGGGGACUUUAAGAGGCCGUGGAACAGUGGUGGAAAUUCGAGAAGAUAUGCUCGCUAAGUUUGGUUCAAACGGUAACACAGAACCUGUCCCAGCAGUAUCAGGCAUGGAACUGGCAACUAUCGAUGCAACUUCCACGCAGGCACCUUCUCCUGGAUUAAAAGCAGCAGGCCAACCUGCUUCAGAAGUUGAUUUGCAAGCACGUGCUGCGGAGGAAUUUGCGAAGGGCUUAGGUGCUGCCAACGAUGAUAGUAGCGAUGAGGAUGAAGCAACGACUAAGACCACAAAACCCAAAUUCAGAAUCCAUAUCAAUGCGAAGCCUACAGGUGGUGCGGCAGCGGAUGUCAGUCAGUUAAGAGCAGCUACUCAGAAAUUAAACUUUGGGGAGGGAUUAGUUCCAGCAAGGUCUUCAAUCUCCAGGGCCCCACAAGACCCAUUCCCUGCCCUUCCGGCCCCCACGUCAUCUAUGGCGCCACUACAACCACCAGUAUUUUUGCAACCAGAGAGUGGAACUGGACAGAGUUCAGCACCCAUACCAGAAGACUUUUUUAAGCAAACUAUUUCAGCGACCGCUGUUGCCAAAGCCUUUGAAAAGACAGGUACCUUUGUUCCUCAGGCACUUCCUCAGGCGCUUCCUCCUAAUCAGCCUUCCCCAGCCUCUUUCGAACUUCCUGGUGGAGGCGUGCCACCUCAGCAACCUGAAAACGCAAGCUCUGCCAUUAGUGAUGGGUUGAGUUUGCCAGGGGGCGGUGUGCCACCUCAAGCUUUGACUGCUCCAGAUAUUGUUGCUGCUAACUUAAAGGAGUUGGACAAUAGUUUGGACCCAGCAGCAGCAGCAAGAAAGAAACAGCAGCAACUUCUGGACCUCGUCGGUGGUCCCAAACCUCCAGCCCCUGCUCCUGUAGCACCAUGGGCUGCUUUUGUCAAGCGUAAUCAGAUUCCUCGAGGAGAGCCAGCAGCUAUUUGUUUUAAAGCUGGACUGGCCUACAUAGAGCAGAACCAGUUGAAGGAGGCAAUCCUUUGCUUGGACGAAUCUUUUCUUGGUUUGGCUAAAGAGCGUUCCCUUGGCACGGAUAUCAAACCCCAAGCUCGUAUUAUUGCACAGUAUAAGGUUGCUGUACAGCUUUUGCAGGAAAUAUCACGGUUGCAGAAAGUUGACGGUCUCGGGUCUGCAGGCGCUCAAGAAAUAGCCAGAUUAUCGCGACAUCUAAGUUCGCUUCCACUGCAGGCCAAGCAUCGCUUCAUCUGUAUUCGAACAGCCAUUAAGAAAAACAUGGAUGUGCAAAAUUAUGCAUAUUCGAAGAAGAUGCUGGAGUUGCUCCUAUCGAAGUCCCCUGCUAACAAGCAAGACGAGUUGAAAGCUAUGAUCAACUUGUGUGUACAACGGGGUCUGGUUGAUAAUACCAUUGAAGGCGAGGAGGACCCAUCACAAUUCUGUGCCGCAACUUUGAGUCGUUUGUCUACUAUAGGGCACGACAAUUGUAACGUUUGUGGUUCGAAGUUCUCAGCCCUGGCCACCCCCGGUUGCACAAUCUGUGGUAUGGGUACAGUUCAAAGAUCAGAUGCAGCUGCAGGCGGCCCCAUUUCGUCGUCUCCAUUUGGGUAGAAAUAUUUUCUGUGUAUUUUUCGCAUUUCCAGUAAUGAUAGCUUCACACAACUAGGGGAUUUCUGGGUUGACAUGUUCUUAUAGUUCCGCCAACAGCCUGAAGAUUGUGUUCAGUAGUGAGGGAACUGUAUUCAGGUCGAAUUUUUCGUUGUAUUGUGGUAAUCAUGGCAGUACAUGAAUAAUUAUCACUGUUUAGAACACAAUGCCUCGCACCAUAGUCUUCCAAUUCCAUCUCUUACAAUUUCUGGA